UAAGAAACUAAUUUACUUCCUUAUUUAAAACACACUGGCCUGGUGUGAUUCAGACGAAGGCUGUAGAACAGUACCUGACCUGUGUAAGAUGAGGUCUGCUGUCUAUCUACUGGUGAUCAUCCAGGCCGUGUCGGGUACAGCUGCACAAGGAUCAAGUUGUCACUACAAGAAUGGAUGCAGUCCUCCCACCGACGUGUGUUCAGUGCCUCCUCCAGCUUGUCAGACAGACUGGUCUGGAAGGUACUGUCAGAUGCAUAACAUCGCACGUGGAAAACCUGCCAAUCAGAGCAGCACAUGGACAGACGGUACCGGUACCGGUACAUACGAUGCUGGUAAAGCUGUUGACGGAAAUGUCAGCACAGGCUUUUUUCAUGGAAGUUGUUCACAUACAGACGAACAGGGUGCUGGGAAUGCCAGCUGGCAUGUUCUUCUUGGUGGGACGUUCCUAAUCAGCCGGAUCACAAUCUAUCUCCGUAGUGACGCCAUUGACCACUAUCAAGCAAUGGAAGUAUUGGUCAACAACAGGACAUGUAGAAAGCUACCUGUGACAGACAUCAGAGAUUCUCCAGCUCAUCUGAGAAGUAACCCUGUGACACUCAGCUGUAUACAACCUAUAGAGGGCGACACUGUAACCAUUGAAAUGGCGGGGCCUUACUUGGCACUUUGUGAGGUGCAGGUGUUUGGUGAGAAGAAAGUGCCGUGCCACUGUUCUAAUGGCUGCUCAGAUUUCCCCAACACUCCAUGUUCAGCAACUUCAACGGGCCCAGUUUGCAUACCAUCAUGGUUCGGAAGGUUUUGCCAAAUGGAAAACAUUGCCUUUCAAAAGACAGCAGCACAGAGUAGCAAUUAUAGUGAAGGCGGCAUCCCCUACUGUGCUGCGUAUGCUGUAGAUUGGAACACUGACACAGAUUUCCCUCACAGGAGUUGUUCUCACACAAACAACGCUUCCGCCAGCUGGCAGGUUCUCCUUGAUGAUCAUCGGAUGUUCAACAUCAGCAGGAUCAGGAUCUACCUGCGAGACGGCUUUUGGGACCGCAACGAUGGCCUGCAGGUGCUUGUGAACGGCGACCUGUGUGUCCCUGUGAGUGGAACACCUGACUGGUUAGAUGGAGCUGUAACUAACCCUUUUGACGUCACAUGUACCCACGUAAUGAAGGGGAACAAUGUUACCAUCACCAUAAGCGGAGCAUUUCUGUCAUUGUGCGAGGUUCAAGUUUUUAUUUGCGGUGAUGGUUGGUUUGGGGGUAACUGUGAGAAGCAGUGCCAGUGUCUAGAUCCAUCUGAAGUAUGUGACAAGGAGACUGGCUACUGUAGGAGUGGAUGUGCUGCCGUGAAACAUGGACCAGGGUGUCAGCAAGUAUGCAGUGAUGGUUGGUUUGGCUCUGACUGUAACAAGCUUUGCCAGUGUCUGGAUCCAUCUGAAGUAUGUGACAAGGAGACUGGCUACUGUAGGAGUGGAUGUGCUGCUGGGAAACAUGGACCAGGGUGUCAGCAAGACUGUGACCAUGGUCACUACGGGGUCAACUGUUCCUACACGUGUGGUCAGUGUACUGGGUCAUCUGAUUGUCAGGAGGUCGAUGGAACCUGCACACAGGGAUGUCAACGGGGUUACAGUCCCCCUUUGUGUAAAGUGUGCAAUGAUCAGUGGUUUGGCACCAACUGUAGUGAACAGUGCAAGUGUCAGAAUGAAACAGAAGCAUGCGACAAGACCACCGGGAACUGUACAAGUGGCUGCCGUGCUGGGAAGACAGGGGUUGGAUGCCAGGAUGACUGUGUAGAAGGACGCUAUGGUGUUAAUUGUUCACAACGGUGUGGCUCGUGUAAAGAUGACUCACCGUGCAAUACAAUUACUGGUGUCUGUGCACAAGGAUGUGAAGAUAACUUUCAAACACCUUAUUGUAAAUUGUGCAAUGAUGGGUGGUUUGGCACCAACUGUAGUGAACAGUGCAAGUGUCAGAAUGAAACAGAAGUAUGCGACAAGACCACCGGGUACUGUACAAGUGGCUGCCGUGCUGGGAAGACAGGGGUUGGAUGCCAGGAUGGCACUGCGCGAGUCCAGUCAAAGAUGAUGAUACAGGCAAUGCAACAG